CAUUAUGCUUCUGUUUAUUCAUUCAAUAUGGCGGAAAUUUAGCUUCAUGAUCUAGCUUCAUCCAUCAUCUACCUUCUUGUCUUGUACCACACGUCUAACUUUCGUUAAGUAUAACUUUAGUAUCUUUGUACAAUGGAAGUUAAUUUCAAUUGCAGGAGCAUUAAUUAUUAGUCAUCUGAAUGGUAGAAUAUACUUUGCCGUUCAGCAGACUCAUUGAAACGUUUGCUCUGCUUCAGUCUACACAGGACCGUUUCAUCAGAAACUCAUUCUUGGAAAGCUGAAAUUAGACAACUUAUAAAUUUUGAUUUUCAUUACUGUUUGAAAAUCCAUUCUGUUUUUGUCUAUCUGCUGUGAGCGACUCGAACAUAACCUCUAACAAUACAAACCAAGAAGAUUAAAGAAUAUAAGUCGCAAUAUGAGUGUUAUAGUGAGACUCCAGAACCUGCCUUGGUCGGCGGUAGCUGCCGAUAUUCGCCAGUUUUUCGCAGGCCUGUCGAUUCCAGAAGGAGGAGUCAAUAUAGUUGGAGGUGAAUUGGGUGAUGCUUUCAUAGCAUUCAGCACUGAUGAAGAUGCCCGCCUUGCAAUGCAGCGAGACGGCGGAAAGGUGAAGGACAGCAAAGUGAAGCUCCUCCUGUCAUCUCGCACUGAAAUGCAACGGGAGACCACUCGUCAGCAGAGCAUUCAAAUGCAGUACCUGCAAAUGCAACAUUUGCAAACUGCACCUGCAGCUGCAGGUACACAGCCAGCUGCAUAUCAAAUGCAGCAGCCUACAUUAACCAGCAAUCCUGGUGCUAGUGCAGCUGCUCGCACUUUUCAACCUUCAAUGCCAAAUGUGCAGCAGAAUAUUUAUGGACAAGCACAACAUGGAUCUCAACCUCUGCCUGCCAUGACACCAAUGCCAGGGAUGCAGUUUCCUCAGAUGACCCCCUAUUCAAUGGCAGCUCCUGUAAAUCCUUUGGCAGUGAAUCCUUCACCACAACUAGAAUUGUCCACACCAAACAGCCAAAUGCAUAUCAGGAAUCAGCUACAAUUAGAACAACCAGUACCUUUGGGACAAGUUCCUUUUCAAACAGGGCCACACAUGAAUCAACCCUAUCAGAUGCCACCUGCCCAAGUUAACCAAUCACCAGUCUCUCAAGCAAUGACUCCUGUAAUGCAAACACCAAACCAACAUAUUGCACAGCCACAAAACUUUCUACCCGUCAAUCCACAACACAUAAAUGUGCCAUCAAAUUUUCAACCAUCAAUGCAGCAAGUGCCUCCUGGCUAUCAAGCUCAAAUUAUGAAUCAGCCUCCACCAUUUCAAGCUAAUGCACCUCGAAUGACUCAACCCACACAGCUCCCACCAGCCAACACACAAGGCAACCAGAGUAUGCCACCUUCUUUUCCACCCGCUGCAGGCUUUUCCAACUCAAAUACGCCUCCUUUUCAUUUGAAUGCCAAUCAACAAGGAGACUCUCCAGCUUUAUCUCCACAAAUAUCAAAUGUUGAAUCUGCCCCAAAUUCCAGAUCACCUCUUCUACAAAGAAAGCCUGAGAACAAGGUAAAUGCCAGUAGUGACAAUUAUAGUAACAAGAAUGAUAAGACUAGAAGAAGCAGAUCACAUUCAUCAGGAUCUUCCGGUUCACGGUCUCAUCCACGAGAGCAAAGAAAUAAAGACAAGUAUCCAGAGAAAGACAGGAGGAAGAGGAAUAGUAGAGACUAUAGACAGAGAAGUAGUAAGAGAGGGUGUAGUCGGUCUAGAGACCUGCGAUUUUCGAGAGAUAGAAGACGGGAUGAUGACUCAAGAUCAGGCAGAAGGAGUGACAGUAAACGAUCUACUGAUCCCAAGCACCUCUAUAAGGAUUAUGAAAACCCUAACAGCAACCUCAAACCAUCAGUUGUGCCAGCUGUUAAAUCAAAACCAUCAACCACAGCCUCAACUAAUUUGGAAAAUUCUAAAUCCCCAGCAUCCAAAACAGCUGAAAAAACAGAAUCUGACCACAAAUCCUCUCAGAAAAGUGAUAAUAAGUACAAGAAAGAUUCAUCUCAAAAUAAUAAGGAUGUUUCUUUCAAAAAAUUCUCUCAACAAAGUGAUAAUAAGUGCAAGAAUGAUCUAUCUCAAAUUAAUAAGGAUGUUUCAUCAUCUGAUUUCACCAGCUCCAUUAACAAUGAAAUAUCAACAAGAAAUCCAUCAUCAAACAAUAGGACUUCUCAUGUUGGUGAAGAAUAUAAGUAUGAAACAAGUCCCACAAAACGUAAAGCUUCAAAUGAUGAUUACAGUCAAGAUUCUCACCAUCACAAUAAAAUAGAACGUUAUGAAGGAGGAAUGAGAAAAAGAAGAGACUUAGAUGACAGUCCUGCAAGAUUUGUAACUGAUAAUCACAACAGGAAGAGUUUUGAUGAUCCAGGAAACAAUCAGAAACCAGGCUUUAGGAAUGAAAAUUUCAAUAGAUUCAACUCGGAGUUCGGUGAAACAAACAGUUCAGACUAUCCACAACGACCUAGAUUUGAUUACCAACCAAAUUGCUGUGUUAUAAUUGAGAAUUUUCCAAUUUUCAAUGGCCCCAAAGAUGUUAUUGACUUUUUUCACGGAUUAUCACCAGAAAUGCAUAUCAAACUGCAGCGUGAUAACUUCGGCCAUUUUAAUUCCGCUCUCAUCAGAUUUGCCAGCUACGAUGAUAAACUGAAAGGACUCAGAAGAAAUGGAUUCAAAUUGAAAAAGUCAGAGGUUACUGUUCGUCAUCUUAGUGAUAGAGAAUUUGAUGAGGCAGAUGAUACCGUCCUCCAAGAUGUUCCUCCAAAAGAUCCUGUGUCAAGUACAUCAAAUUAUGAUGAGCUGGAGCUUUUCCAGAGAGAAUAUUAUUUGAUGGAUUUUCAAUGUUUGUGCUUGGAAGGAUCUGAGGGUGUUGAUCCAGUUUAUGAUUGUAGUAAUGUUUAUCAUCCAGAUAUUCGUGAGGUGUUCAACCAAAUAAACCCAGUCGAUUUGUUCAUCCACUAUGGUGUCUACAUUAAUAGAGCUUUCAUCCAGUUUGAGAGUCAUGCUAAAGCCAAUUCAGCCAGAAAUUUGUUUGCAGGUCUAAUGAUUGACUCAGUUGCUAUCAAAGUGUUUCCCUGCUCUGACGAGCAGUAUGCAAAGUUCAAAGAAAUUGUGGAGAAAGAUGAUUCCAAUAAGAAACCUAAGAGAGAGCCCAAUAGGAGGGAGAGAGUGAGAGGAAGGCCUAUGUUACCAAAUCCAGCUAGUUUUGGUACUAGGUUCAAUGAGAUGAAGAAUUUUGAUCCUAGAAUGGAUAAUAGUUUCAAUAAUAAUGAUGGCAUGUCAGAAGAUAGCGAUUUUGGAAAACAAAUACCACGUUUCAACCAACGUACUCUACUCCCUAACCCAGAUACAGUGUUGAAGUCAUGCUGUAUAAUAAUGCAAGGUUUGCCACUCAAUGUGCACUAUCAAGAUAUUGUGCAAUUUUUCAGCUCCUUGAAAAUUCAACCCAAGCUGAUCCACUUGAUGGUUGAAAAUGACGCACCAACAGGAGAUGCAUUCUGUGAGUUCUACACAGAAGAUGAAGCUGCUUUGUCAGUAAAGAGAAACAACGGUCGGUUGGGCAGGCAUACUGUGCAUGUGCGUUUGGUGAGCCAGGAAGAACUAGACAGAGCUGUAGGCAAGGGGAUGAAACCUCAAUCACCACCCCCACCUCAUGUCCAUGCCUUUGUUGGUGCUAGUCCAUCUCACCCGCCCCCAGGACCGCCCCCAGCAGAGUUUGCAGGACAGCCACCUCCAUUCCCAGGUGAUGGUCCCAUGCCUCCUAUUGACUUUAGUGGUGGGUUUAUGGCUCGAGGUAGGGGAGGUCCAAUGAUGAUGAUGAUGAUGAGAGGGAGAGGUAGAGGACUUGAAGGAGGUGUUCGAGGAGGGAGGGGAGGCUUUGAAGGUGGUUUCAGAGGAGGGAGAAGAGGGUUUGAAGGAGGGAGAGGAGGGUUUGAAGGAGGGAGAGGAGGGUUUGAAGGAGGGAGAGGAGGGUUUGAAGGAGGGAGAGGAAAGUUUGAAGGAGGGAGAGGAAGGUUUGAAGGAGGGAGAGGAAGGUUUGAAGGAGGGAGAGGAGGGUUUGAAGGAGGGAGAGGAGGGUUUGACGGAGGGAGAGGAGGGCUUGAAGGAGGGAGAGGAGGGUUUGAAGGAGUGAGAGGAGGGUUUGAAGGAGGGAGAGGAAGGUUUGAAGGAGGGAGAGGAGGGUUUGAAGGAGGUUUCCGAGGGGGGAGAGGUGGAUUUGAGGGUGGUGCUCGAGGAUUUGACAGUGGUAUAAGAGGAGGACGAGGUGGAUUUGAAGGUGCCAUGAGUGGAGGGAGAGGAGGUGGUUUUGAAGGUGGUAUCCGUGGAGGACGAGGUGUAUUUGGUCGUCGUGGUGGACUCAUCCCACCCCACCCCGUUACCGCAGACCUUCCACCCUCCACUGCCCCCAAUGACCAUCUAAAUGAAGACGACCUUCUUCCCGACUCGAAGGUGGAGUCGUUUGGUAAACCUGGCUGUGUGGUUGCCGCUGAAGGCAUUCCGUACCGUGCAGACGUCAAUGACAUUAUUGAUGUGUUCAAAAACUACAAGCUGCUGGUGGCUGAGAAUGUGAUACGUAGGUAUGAUGAUUAUGGCAAAGUGACGGGUGAUGCGCGUAUAGCAUUCGAAUCACCGGAUGAUGCGAAAGAAGCGAUUCGCCGGUAUGAUGGCACAAGAAUGCAGAAUCGCACAAUCCGAUUGCAUUUGGUUAGAUGA